CGGUGCGUUGAUUCUCGUUUUAUUCGCUCGGAUACGCUGAGCUCGCGAGCGAGAGAGGAAAUCCCCAAUCUCCUCUUCUCUCUCUAUGUUUCUAACCUGGUAUACCCUAACUCAAGAAUCUGACUCUAUAUAAUUGCCGGUUUGGCGUCGUUAAUGACAUUCUUCUUGCAGGCUAUUGGAGAUCGAGGUGGAAUUUGCCUGUCUUCUUUGGAUCUUGAGCUUUCGAUGGCGGAGUCCCGGAGAUUUAGCAUAGGCUACGCGCUUGCCACCAAGAAGAGGCAAAGCUUCAUCCAGCCUUCGCUCGUGAACCUUGCCAGGGAGCGUGGGGUUGAUCUCGUACCCAUCGAUACCGAUCGCCCCCUCUUGGUGCAGGGACCUUUCGAUUGCGUGAUCCAUAAACUCUAUGGCGAUGAUUGGCGGGUACAACUUAGGGAUUACGCUGAGAAGAAUCCUUGUGUUCCCAUUAUCGACCAGCCGGACGCCAUCGAACGGCUCCAUAACCGAAUCUCGAUGCUCCAGGUUGUUUCUGAGCUGGAGAUUCCACAGGAGAAGGAGACCUUCGGAAUUCCGAGCCAGAUCGUUGUCUACGACUCUGUUUCUCUCUCUGAUUCAGAAGCCGUGGGUGCCUUGAGGUUUCCUGUCAUCGCUAAGCCAUUGGUGGCUGAUGGUAGCGCCAAAUCCCAUAAGAUGUCUCUGGUGUACAACCGCGAGGGGCUUCUGAAGCUGAAGCCGCCUCUUGUUCUUCAGGAAUUUGUGAACCACGGCGGGGUCAUCUUCAAAGUUUACGUAGUCGGAGAUUAUGUUACGUGCGUGAAGCGGAAGUCUCUUCCGGAUGUUUCUUUGGAGAAGUUGGAUAGCGCUGAGGGUUCACUGUCAUUUUCUCAGGUAUCGAACCUGACGAUGCAGGACAGGACCCAGAAGGAAUAUUAUGAAAGCAUGCAACUAGAUGCUGAGAUGCCGCCCCUCAGCUUUCUGACGGGUAUUGCAAGAGGUUUGAGGCGGGCGAUGAGAUUGAAUCUUUUCAAUUUUGACGUCAUAAGAGAUUCCAAAUCUGGAAACCAUUACUUCGUGAUUGACAUAAACUACUUCCCUGGCUAUGCGAAAAUGCCAUCUUAUGAGACAGUCUUGACAGAUUUCUUUUGUAAACUCGUUGAGAAGAAGACUAAAGAAGAUGAUGUUGAUUUCUCUGUUGGUGGCCAUGACAAUGAGGCCAGGCUUAGUAGCAGUAAUAAUUGAGGAGGCACUGAGGGGACCAAGAACAAGGGUUGAGGUCUGGAGAAAGCCUACAGGCUUCUGCUAUGCUUUUUCUCUUAAACUUCGAAGGUAUAUUUUGCAAUAUAUUGAAGAUAAGAUGACAAGAAUUCUGCAUGUUCUUGGAGUUUUCGUUCCUGACUGAUUACAUAGGUUAGUUGGUAUGGUGUUGUUUCCUUCUUGAUAACCGCAUUUGGUGUCAUGAGGAGAAAUACACAUCCUACCAUGCUGAUGAUAGGUUCUUUUUCCUUGAUUUUAGGUUACUUAAAUUCUUGGCAUGCUUGGCGGAUUCAGUCUGUAGGAUAUGCAUUACAUGCUUGAAAAUGUUCUAAUCACUGCCUACAUGGCAUUUCAAAUGCAUGUUUUUUUUUUGUUACAUUUACAGUUACCGCCAAAUCGCAUUCAAGGCUAAUGGAUUGAAUCAUUUUUUUGUUAA